UCUUAUCCUUCCGCUUUCUUCAACAAAACAAGUUUCGAAAAUUCGAACACUUCACAGUGUCUAACAGAAACCCUAAAAAAAGAAAAAGAAAUGGGGGAUUUCUCUGGAAAAAUCGACGUCGGGAAACUAAUCUCAUUCAGCGACGAUCUCGUUUCCGUUUUGAAGGAUCAAAGAGACAUUAACAACUUGACUCACUGUCUUCAACAGUCACACUCUCUCAAAUCCUCUUGCGAUGCUGAAUUCAACGACUCCAAAACCCUAAUUGAAGAUUAUGAGAAAAAGAUAGAAGAAUGCAAGAAGAAAACGGAGAAGGCGAAAGCGGAAGUUGUUUCCGAUGCCGACAUGGAGAUUCUGGAGCAGGAAUUGGAAGCGGAGCUUAAAAAAGAAGCUGCUCUUAUGGAGGAGCUCAGAGUGAUCAACAAUGAGAUUAGUGAUUUGGAGUGUCAACGGGUUUCUUUUGAGGAACGAAAGCGGAAUAUGAAGAAAAACGAGAAAGAUGAGCUCAGAGCACAGAGGAUGCUUUCAAUGUAUGCAUCUGUGACUAAUAUCAUUCCAGACUUGGAUGAUCACUCCAAAAUCUCUGGCCAUAUUGUGCAUAGAGAUAACAAGGCUGUUGAGAAAUUUGAAUUUGAUCCGACAAAGAUAAGUUCAUUUGAAAUAUGUCAGGGCAUCUGGGAGAUGAUAAAUAAGCAAUAGAUGUUUGGAUAUCUUCAGCUGGCUUGUGUGCUUCUACUUGGUUUUAAUGCGUCUUUCUGUAAUAUACUUGGACAGUUAGUUUUGUAGGAGGUGGUCUUCUUUUGUUCAAUGUAUUUGGCUUUCGUCCCUUCAGAUGUGAUGGUGCUCUUGUGAGGCAUUGCAUUCUAGUGUUUAGAUGUUCACUUUUGUUGCAGCAAUGAAAUGUGAUAGUUUAUAAA